ACUCUCAGACAACUCUUUUGUCGCCUUCCUCACUCAGGUCUUCCAUUCUGUUCUUCAAAUUUCACAUUCAGGGACAAAACAGGCCGUCUACUUAACAUUGCAACUGAAGAAGCUCCAGUACUUGACUAUCGAGGGAGAUCUCGUAUCACUGCAAUCUUGCGCAGCUCACGCAUAAAUCCACAUCCACCAUCUCUCAGACAGAAUUUACGACGAAAUGGCCAACCAAUGCUCGGGUCACGUUUUCGUCAUCGUGCAGGCGACAAACGGGAAUAUCCUUACCUGGCGAUGCUCGACUGCAACUCCGGUCCGUAUGUCGCCAUCUGGCGCUGCAAGAUCUGUAACCACUGUCGCUGCAACUCCUGCCACACCGCCAAAGGCUAAGAAGAAUCACGUCACGCAUGCUUCUUUGCCUCUUAAUCGUUUUAUUCGUACAUUUCCUGGAACUUCGAAAAAACCUUCUGCAGCACUCCUCGCGCCAUACCUGCCGAAAGCCUAUCAGCCUUUUCUUGCGCGACUUGACUUUAAUUUAUUUUCCCAUUUCGUUUGCUUCUCCAUUCGGUUCGGUUUCUCCUGCAACUCUUUGAAAAAAUUUUUUUUCUCCAUCUCUGCGGCAUACUGCGCAUUGUCCCCUCGGUUUGUUGGCGUCCUAGAUCGGAGUAGGGUCGACGGAAGAGCGCCUCUGCUUUGUAGUCUGGUCCAAUCGGAUAUCUUCCUAUUCGGGCCAGAUCUCAAUCGAUCAACAUCAAAGCUGUGGCUACCUGAUUGUGAUCUAAUACCACUCGAUGUCUCGCGACCAAAGGAGAUGCAUCUGAGCCUGCAACUGCAAAUGCGGUGCAAGCAGUGUUUUCCCCCCAUUCUCCAUCACUAAUAUUGUCCACUCUACUCGUUUUCC